CUCCCCCUCAGGUGAGGCGGGCUUGCGGGUGGGCGCGCCCCCGACAUUCUCCUCCCUGCCCGCCCGCGCGCCCCCGAGCGCGCCUCCGCCCCUGCCCGCCCCCUGCCGCUGCCUCUGCUCCAUAGUGCACAGAGCCGCCUAGUCUGAGGGGACGCGAAGAUCGCCCUCGUCGCCUCUUGAGCCAGUCGUCGGGCUGGGCCUUGACAAGCAGCCCGAGGGAAGGCUCUUCUGAGCCCAGCCUGGAGUCCUGCUAUUGUCGCCUGCUCCUCCUGCCUCUGAUCUCACGAGGGGUUUCGCACCUCUGGACGUGCCUUUCCUCUCCCCGUGUGUGGAGGGAGCCAGCGUUUAGGCCGAAGCGAGCCUGGGGGGCGACGGCCGUGAAGGUAUCGCGGCGACCGACUCGCCAUGGAGGGCGCCGGAGGCGCGAACGACAAGAAAAAGAUAAGUUCUGAACGUCGAAAAGAAAAGUCUAGAGAUGCAGCCAGAUCUCGGCGAAGUAAAGAGUCUGAAGUUUUUUAUGAGCUUGCGCAUCAGUUGCCACUUCCCCAUAACGUGAGUUCGCAUCUUGAUAAGGCUUCUGUUAUGAGGCUUACCAUCAGCUAUUUGCGUGUGAGGAAACUUCUCGAUGCUGGUGAUUUGGAUAUUGAAGAUGAAAUGAAGGCACAAAUGAAUUGCUUUUAUUUGAAAGCCCUGGAUGGUUUUGUUAUGGUUCUCACAGAUGAUGGUGAUAUGAUUUACAUUUCAGAUAAUGUGAACAAAUACAUGGGAUUAACUCAGUUUGAACUAACUGGACACAGUGUGUUUGAUUUUACUCAUCCGUGUGACCAUGAGGAAAUGAGAGAAAUGCUUACACACAGAAAUGGCCUUGUAAAAAAGGGUAAAGAGCAAAAUACACAGCGAAGCUUUUUCCUCAGAAUGAAGUGUACCCUAACUAGCCGGGGGAGAACUAUGAACAUAAAGUCUGCAACGUGGAAGGUGCUUCACUGCACAGGACAUAUUCAUGUGUAUGAUACCAAUGGUAACCAGUCUCAGUGUGGGUAUAAGAAACCACCUAUGACAUGCUUGGUGCUCAUUUGUGAACCCAUUCCUCAUCCAUCAAAUAUUGAAAUUCCAUUAGAUAGCAAGACUUUCCUCAGUCGUCACAGUCUGGAUAUGAAAUUUUCUUAUUGUGAUGAAAGAAUUACUGAAUUGAUGGGGUAUGAGCCAGAAGAACUUUUGGGCCGCUCAAUUUAUGAAUAUUAUCAUGCUUUGGACUCUGAUCACCUGACCAAAACUCAUCAUGAUAUGUUUACUAAAGGACAAGUCACCACAGGACAGUACAGGAUGCUUGCCAAAAGAGGUGGAUAUGUCUGGGUUGAAACUCAAGCAACUGUCAUAUAUAACACUAAGAACUCUCAACCACAAUGCAUUGUAUGUGUAAAUUAUGUUGUGAGUGGUAUUAUUCAACACGACUUGAUCUUCUCCCUUCAACAAACAGAAUGUGUCCUCAAACCAGUUGAAUCUUCAGAUAUGAAAAUGACUCAGCUAUUCACCAAAGUUGAAUCAGAAGAUACAAGUAGCCUCUUUGAUAAACUUAAGAAGGAACCUGAUGCUUUAACUUUGCUGGCCCCGGCUGCUGGAGACACAAUCAUAUCUUUAGAUUUUGGCAGCAAUGACACAGAAACUGAUGAACAACAACUUGAGGAAGUUCCAUUGUAUAAUGAUGUAAUGCUCCCCUCCUCUAAUGAAAAAUUACAGAACAUAAAUUUGGCAAUGUCUCCAUUACCUGCCUCUGAAACUCCAGAGCCACUUCGAAGUAGUGCUGACCCUGCACUCAAUCAGGAAGUUGCAUUAAAAUUAGAACCAAAUCCAGAGUCACUGGAACUUUCCUUUACUAUGCCCCAGAUUCAAGAUCAGCCAGCUAGUCCUUCUGAUGGAAGCACUAGACAGAGUUCACCUGAGCCUACCAGUCCCAGUGAAUAUUGUUUUGAUGUGGAUAGUGAUAUGGUCAAUGAAUUCAAGUUGGAAUUGGUAGAGAAACUUUUUGCCGAAGACACAGAAGCGAAGAAUCCAUUUUCCACUCAGGACACUGAUUUAGACUUGGAGAUGUUGGCUCCUUAUAUCCCAAUGGAUGAUGACUUCCAGUUACGUUCCUUUGAUCAGUUGUCACCAUUGGAAAGCAGUUCUACAAGCCCCCAAAGUACAAGCACAAUCACAGUAUUCCAGCCAACUCAAAUGCAAGAACCAACUCUUGCCACUGCCACUACCACUGCCACCACUGAUGAAUUAAAAGCACUGACAAAAGAUGGAAUGGAAGACAUUAAAAUACUGAUUGCAUCUUCAUCUCCUACCCACAUACCUAAAGAAACUACUAGUACCACAACAUCACCAUAUAGUGAUACUCGAAGUCGGACAGCCUCACCAAACAGAGCAGGAAAAGGAGUUAUAGAACAGACAGAAAAAUCUCAUCCAAGAAGCCCUAACGUGUUAUCUAUCACUUUGAGUCAAAGAACUACUGUUCCUGAGGAAGAACUAAAUCCAAAGAUACUAGCUUUGCAGAAUGCUCAAAGAAAACGAAAAAUAGAACAUGAUGGUUCACUUUUUCAAGCAGUAGGAAUUGGAACAUUAUUACAGCAGCCAGAUGAUCGUGCAACUACUACAUCACUUUCUUGGAAACGUGUGAAAGGAUGCAGAUCUAGUGAACAGAAUGGAAUGGAGCAAAAAACUAUUAUUGUAAUACCCUCAGAUUUAGCAUGUAGACUGCUGGGGCAGUCAAUGGAUGAAAGUGGAUUACCACAGCUGACCAGUUAUGAUUGUGAAGUUAAUGCUCCUAUACAAGGCAGCAGAAACCUACUGCAGGGUGAAGAAUUACUCAGAGCGCUGGAUCAAGUUAACUGAGCUUUUUCGUAAUUUCAUUCCUUUUUUUGGACACUGGUGGCUCAUUACCUAAAGCAGUCUAUUUAUAUUUUCUAUAUCUAUCUAAUUUUAGAAGUCUGGCUACAAUACUGCACAAACUGCUAGUUCAGUUUUGAUCCCCUUUUACUUAAUUUACAUUAAUGCCAGAUCACAGGCAGCACAUUCUCACAGUUCUUUGUUAUUUAAACCAUUGCAUUACAGUAGCAUCAUUUUUAAAAUGCACCUUUUUAUUUAUUUAUUUUGGGCUAGGGAGUUUGUCCCCUGUCGAAUUAUUUUUAAUAAGAUGCCAAUAUAAUCCUUUUAAGAAGGCAGUAACCUUUCAUCAUGAUCAGUCUGAAAAUUUUUUACUCAGUUUUUUCACAUUUUAUGUAAACAAUAAUAAUUUG